AAUCGAUAGCUUGCAUUAAUGUGCAAUGAUAUAGAAAAUGGACUGAAAAGAGACGUUUUUGUUUCUCUAUCAUUGUGAUAGCAAUGUACAUGAUAUCUCUCAGCAUCGUUGCUUUUGCGAUUUUUCAUGCAUGUGCUACCACUUCUUUUCACCAUGAAGUAAAUUAUGAACACGAAAAUGGUGAGUUACUUAUGCUAAGGAGCAAAGGGCGUUUCGCUGAUAUAAUAGACAUUGAUGAGAUAGACUCCAUUAAGAGAGUAUUAUGCCGCAAAGGCAUAAUCAUGAUAGCUUUCAAAGAACACUUUGACAAACCUUCUUGGAGGGAAGGUCAGAUAUUACUGGGAGGCCGGAAGUGGAAUUGCACCCUAGGCGAUGAUAAUCAGUCCAGCAAAGGAAUAUAUGCAAAAGUUAAAAGAAUUAUUCAUCCAAAAGAAACACGAUUAGAUGUUCUUACUGACCCUGUCAGCCCACUGGACAUUUUGGAAGAGGCAAACAUUCACCUUCAGUAUACGACACAUGUCGACAACAGAAAGCGACACAGAAGAUACCUAUCUAACAUGCUUACAGACCUACUGAACAACGUAGACUGGCACGCCAAUGUUUCCCUCAAAGUACAGUACAAUCUCAAUAACGAGACAGACGGAGAAAAUAGCAAUAUUUCACUACAUAGGUAUACAGGAAUGAAGAAUUUGAUUAAAUGGGAUAUGAGUGAAAACAACUAUACAAAUCUAACCAACAAGUUGGAUAAAACCUUUACGUGGGACUGUCUGUCAUGUUACAGUGUAACUCGCAUCAACUAUGUCUUUGAUCUGCUCAUAUACAAAGUUGACAACAAACCAGUAUUAAAGCAUUAUCUAUCACAGUUGGAUUCAGUUGUAAAAAUCAACGCAGACUUCAGAAUGAAAUUCUUUAAAGAGGCAACUAUAAGCGGUUCCCGUGUACUGUGGAGCACACCGACAACGGAACUCAUCAACAUUACUUUGGCAAAGGCACCAGGAUUGCCACCGGUACAGUUAGUGGUUACAUCCAACAAUGUUGCGUUUGCUAAUGUUCACGGAGCGGUCUCCCAGCAUUCUGUCGUUAAUUCAAAUUUUGAAGCUCAAGGACAGUACGUUUUAUCGCACACUUUGUCCGAUGGGAAACCUUCUCAUGGUGACGUGACAGCCUAUAACUGGACUCUGCAUUCUCGAGGCUUAGACGUACACACAGUUGGGAACGUUAAUAUCACCGCUUCAAUAUUCCAAACAGCUGUUUUGAAUGCAUCAGUACUUUGGUCAGGAAAAGACGUAUCUGCAGUUUUAUCACCUCCUGCCAUAAUAACGAUUAAGCCUACUUUGAGAGUUAAGUCAAAUUCUUCAGCAUUUUCGCGUUGCUACAACAGUACAGUGACAAUUGAAGGGGACUUCCAAAUAGCAAAGGCGAUGUUUAUUGUUCAUGCAUUUGGGUUAAACAUAUGGGAUGUUUUAGUUGCCAGUAAGUUUCAUAAGAUGCUGACAAUCAUUGAGGGAAAUACUGGAGGAACCUGUAGAGCUAUGUGUGCAUCACUAUACUACAAAGGACCCCCUCAAUCAGCCGAAGACGUGUGUGGAGAAAUGGUCCACAUCAUUCAACGAAAUUAUUCCUCAUUCCGAAGGUUGUAUCUGAUUCAAGGAGACAAUGUUUAUUUUACCCCGGACAACUUUACAGAUGGCGACUGGUGCGGAGAACCAAAUAGAAACUGUUCAAAGAGAUACGUGUCUGCCAAAUUAGCAACAGCGUUAGCAACCUUAGUGGAAUACAUUCGCGUGGAAUUUCCACAAAGGAAAUUAAUCCUAGAGGAAGGAUUUCAAGAGGCAAACUCACACUUUCCAUUUGGCAAAUAUGGAAAUAAAUCUCUCUUUUAUGAAGGGAGAUUGGCAAAACUUUCAAUUUCAAAUAUGAUUUCCGGUAAAAGUACCUCGAUCACACCAGAAUCAGACAUCAAUAUUUUACAGAAAGUAGCACAGCUUUCGGUUUGUUCUGGGUUCGACUUUGUUGAUUUUUCUAACAAUACAGAAGGAAUAGUGGUAGCUGUUUCUAGGGAUGAUGAUAUGUCCAAUCAAAAUCAAGAAAUUGAAAAGGAAGCGUUUGAUGAAAGCAUCGGUGUUACAGCCUUGACAUUGGAUUCUUCUGUAUGUGCUUUGAAUAAAUUGCCCACUUCCCUUAGUGUGAACGAGACUUAUCCGAAAGGCAAAACAGAAGUUCAAGUCUGUGGUGAAAUAUUUUCCAGAGUUUCGCGAUUUCAUAACACCAUCCAUGACAGACUCUAUCAAUAUACUUUUGAUGACGUGAUAUUUACUCCGGAAGAUUCGAGGUCAAAAUGGUGUGGCAGUCCACUUAGACAAUGUUCUGACUGUAGUGUGAAAUCAACAACGGAAUCCUGGACUAUAUGUGCAAACCGAUUGAUGACACCCAUUGCUGCACUGCGUCUUCGAAGACUUGCAACGUUAACGAGGCAUCAUUCGUCAAGUAUAAAAGUUUUAAAGGCAUUUCAUGAAGAACCCGAGAACUUUCAGUUCGGACAAAAAGAACUUUCUCCUUUAUACAAAGAGGGGAGAGCACUAAUGAUAGAGCUUGAAAAACCGUCAAGAAUUAGCUAUAGCCAGUUAGCGGGGCUAGCAAUAUGCGCUGGAUUCGAUUUCAUAUCGCACAUGUCCGACAGAUAUUUAGAACUUUUUGUUAAACCACAAGAACAUUAUGUCUCCAACGUUAUGGUAUAUCCAAGUGGUUUCCACGCGACAGGUGUCAGCGUACAUAAUACUGGUUUUGAGAGGGAAUACAUUCUACCCUCUCUAUUUGCUAAUGAAACAAGAAUACCACUAUUAAUCGACGGCCAGAAUGGAAAUACAAAACUUUCUCCACGAUACACAAUAUCAGAUUUCCAAUCUCCCGGAUUUAGGUUCCUAAGAAUAGAUUCAUCAAUAGUUGAAUGCUUAGAGCUAGCGUCCAAUGAAUUUGGUGAAAAAUUAGAAGUAAUAUCAGGAUUUAGAACUAGAUCGGUAAAUUUAGAAAAUAUCGACAUGAGACUGCCCCAAGAACGAUUUAGAUUUCAUGUCGGUCAAAGUUUGGAAAUAACGUCGAAUAAGGGAACAGAACUUGAACUAAUAAAAAUAGGUAUUGCCAUUAUGAGAAUGUGCCCUCCAAUUACAAGACCUCAACAAAGAGCAAUUGGUAUCGGAUGUCACAGAGAUAGGCUCUAUGUUGAUUUUCAUCCAAUGCUAUUCGGAAACGAAGAGAAAUACAUAAAGUUGUGGAAUAGUGGUGGACGAAAUGUGUAUUUGAAUUUGCUACCUAGAGUAUAUACUGCAAUUCGAGGGGGUCCAAUCAUAGUCCCUAUGAACAAACGGACGGCGUGUUCAACUUCAAAUGGUCAAGAGUAUUCCUACCUUGCUUUUCACCUGAAUCAGAAAGAACAAUGUUUGAAUACAGGAGAAAAAGACUUCUGUUCCAAAACUCAACGAUACAGACAAGAGCAGGCAAAAUUGCUUCAAGAACGUUUGUCGUCUGCUGCAGGAUCGGACAAUCUUCCACGACCAGAGAUUAUUGAUGAAAUAAAUUCAUGUAUUGUUGAUACCUGUGGAGGGUGCCUAGGAUCAGGUGCGACGUGGGAUAGGAAAGUCAAGCAAUGUGCAGUUAUGGUUCACAAAUACAUCAAAAGAGCAUCCAGACCAUUUCAAAGCUUGCACAACAGCGCGACAUUUUUUAAUACUGGAAACCAUGAGUCGACAGUACAUUCUCUAGCUUGCCAUUUUGGAUUCAUAUGUGUUGAGAACAUACAGAUAUAUUCUCUUCUAAUGCCAACCAUAUCAGCGACAUUCCGUCCAGACCCUUCAAGGAGUGUAGAAGAACGACUAUUUACUGCAGAAGACAACCCCUCACCACUGCUCGAAAUUGUAUCUCAGGAAAUGGCUAUCAGAGCAAGUGGUGUUGUUCGAGUAUUUAUAGAAUCAACUAAAGAUUUAUCAAGUCUUAGAUACGUUCUCAAGGUUUUGAUGGUCCAUAACAUUAAUGUGCAAGAGGUGCAGUUCCACAUUACAGAAAAUCUUAGAAAAGAAAGUAUAAAAGCCGCACUGCAGAGAAAAAUUGAGACUUGGUCCGGAAACACCUGCAAUACUUGGUCGCGAUUUGCUGUCGCACCAUUUAGCAUGCACGUUAUUCCGACGGACAGACACAAGAGAAGUGCGUAUAGGAGCGCAGCACGCAAUCAUGCGAAACACGUCUUACGGAACUGGGAAUAUGAAUGGUUGUCUAAAGUUUAGAUUUAUUUGAAGUUGUAUUAUGUAUAAAAAUAAAUGCAUGAUAACUUAAAAGA